AUGGCGCCUCGGAGAGGUGCGUCUGUGCGUACGACUCGUUCGAGAAACGCAAGUAAUCCUAGGGGUCGUGGAGAGGAAUCUGUCCCUCAAACUGACAUCUUAUCCGAGCAAGAGGAGCGGACGUUUGCUCGGCCGAAUGCUAUCAGUCCUCACCUGAUUUGUGCCAUAUGUUCCGAGGUUUUUAAGAAACCAUAUCGGGCGCCCUGUGGUCACAGUUACUGCUAUUUUUGCAUUUCCAAGUGGCUGCAGACGGCGAAGCACUGUCCGGUUGAUCGAAAACCUUUAACUAUGUCAAGGAUGCACCACGACUUCAUCCUCGAAAACAUAAUUGGUGACUAUACCGUGGCUUGUCCGUGGCGUUCUUCGGGUUGCGGCUACAUUGGUCCAUUGUGCAAGUUAGACAGUCACAAGAAGGAGUGUGUAAUGAAUCCCGAUCACCUACCAGAGGCGCUUCGAAUUCGUGAAAAAGAGAAUAUAAAAUCGCAGCUCCGCACCAUUGGAGCCUCUUCAACCAACCUCCCUUCUCUGACUCCCUCGGAUACAGCCACUUCAACUGUGGAGGCUUAUUUGGAGGUCACAAGCGGAGAGGAGACAGACGGAGAAGGGGACGGUUCUUUACCUCCAGCACCUCCUCCUAGCCUCCUGAUGCGUCUUUUCCAAAAGUCAGACUCUAAUAGUCGAGACCUUCUCUGCUCCUUCCUUGCCGAACCUGUCGCUGCUGUGAAACGACCAACACAACCAUCAACAACUGGGGGUGGCAAGCGCUCACGAAGAGCGCCUUAA